AUCUUAAAAAACUUAAAUGCUAAGAGCUGUAAUAGUAUACUUGUCAGUAUCAUUUUCGAGGUCAAUACUGAAUUUACAGGGUAGUAGGUUGUAAUUUAUGUAUUUAUGUUUGAAUCCAGCUCCUGGAAUAAUUCACAAAGGUUUGGUUUGGUUUUAUCGGAAGAGAACGCCCCCUUUUUACAUUUCGCGGUAAGGAUUUCAAUUCACCCGUAAACCUUACCCAAAGCUAAAGGAAUAAAACUGCUUCUUCACCGUUCGAGGAUGGCUUUGAGCAGGUUUCGAGGAAGGCUACCGCCUCUGGCGCGUGAGGCACUAGCGGAAUUCAUCGCAACUUUUAUUUUAAUUGUAUUUGGUGACGGUUCUGUUGCACAGGCCGUUCUCAGCAAGCAACAAAAUGGAACAUUUUUCUCCAUCAACUUCGGCUGGGGUGUUGGCGUUACUAUGGGAUGUUAUUGGGCUGGCGGUGUGUCAGAUGCGUUAAAUCACUUCGAUGGUGGCGUUCGACAAGUAACUGGACCGCUUGCAACAGCAGGGAUAUUUGCCACUUAUCCRAAGGAAUUCCUGACCACUGGAGUCGGGUUUGCCGAUCAGUUAUUUGGCACCGCACUUCUCGUUGGCUGUGUCUUCGCCAUCGUCGACAAGUUCAACGUCGGUCCGGACAAAACAAUCGCUCCAGUCCUCAUCGGACUCGUUGUGUUCGUCAUUGGUGCCACAUUCGGCUUUAACUGCGGCUAUGCAAUCAACCCUGCGAGAGAUCUGGGACCGAGGAUCUUUACUGCCAUGGCAGGCUGGGGAUCUGAAGUGUUUACAGCUGGAAAUCACUGGUGGUGGGUUCCCUGUGUUGCCUGUUYUCUUGGCGGGGUACUGGGUGCGGGUCUGUACAUCUUCUUCGUUGAACUGCAUCACCCCAACAAGAAAGACCAGCUGGAAGACAACGAGAAGUCUGGAUCAAUGCAGAAUGAAGGCGAUCCCUGUUUGAUUCCUGAGUCCGAAAACAAAGGCAAAAACUGUCAUGCUGAAUUAGAGAGUGCAAUAUAAACUUAAUAAGUGGGAAAAACAAAGGCGCGCAAAGAUUCGAAUAUGAUUUUCGAGUGUCGGAAAGAUCUUUAAGGAGUGAGCCCAAGAGAGAGAUCUUUUCAACACGAGAAAAGCGAAGGGCAAAAGGGUCGUACUGAUCGAAGUAGAGAAUGUAAUAUGAACUAAAUAGUAUAUUAUUAGCAACAUAUUAUUUUAUUUUAUGCUCUCGUUAGUCAGUGGUAGAGCAUCCGACUAGAAUCCGACAAUCGUCCCUGAUGGGAAUUGAACCAAUAGCUUUCUGUAUUUUAUUCGGAUGCUCUACACUGACUAACGAAAGAGAUUCAUUGCCAUCAGGGUCCUACCAGACUUUUUAUUUUAAUUUUAACGAAUUCCGUAGUUUAAUUGUGACAUUCUGAAUAAUGUCAUCUUCUGUUAGUAUCAUUGUAUAAUGCGCUCAAAUGUGUGCUUAACCGAAAAGCUACUAACACUAUAGAUGAUUUAAAAUCGUUUCCAAGUUAAUUGUAAUGAUUUAACAUCAAAUGUGUCCACCAUAUAUUGUUGUCAUGGCGACUAUGACGUCACUGAUUGCAAAUGAGACGUUUAAGAGUGACGUAAGUGAAAUCAAAACUGUGGGGGGGAGGGGGGGGAGGAAUAAAAAAAACAAAUUUUGGGAAUUUGACAGACGUUUUCUUUAUAUUGCACGAAAGCAUUUCUUAACGGAGCUAUUAAGAAACUCAUAAAAACCCACAGUUUUCAACAAGAAAAAUGGCGGCUUGAAAGCAUUAAGAAAACCUGAAGCUAGAUAGGUUUAUUGAAAAAUUAUACUGCAAAACUAGAUAAUUGACCUUCUGCAAACUUCCACCUGAAUUGACCUCAAGGUCAAACAAUCAGAAUUGAGGAUUCAACAUCAUAUUUUGAUUAGCAUUUCUCAUGAUUAUGCCCAGAAAACCCAUGAAAUACGAAUUCUUCAUUCAUUAAAUUGAUCAUAAAGGCUAUAGUCGAACUCAUAAAUUCCAUUUCAAUCGACAAGAGAAAUCUAUACAUUGCAACAAUUAAGUCCUCAUUCAGAAAAUGCUCAGUAACCAAAGACAGUUGACCUAUAAUUCCUUUCGGUGAACGCGGUCAACUCUUGGUUAUAAACGCUUCAAAACCGGCACACCAUAUAUCAUAUCAAACAAUGAGUGUCGUAUUUCCCUGUGUCUGUUGUCUGCGAGGCAGACCCACGAGUUAGCAUCGUCCCCGUAUCCUUCCUCGAUUUUCCAAAGUUUGUCUUUUUUUACUUGUCUUUUUUUUUCUUUUCUUUUCUUCUUCAAAAAUGUUCAUGUCGAAUUCGUUGUAAAACGACUGCCUUUUUGUUUGCCGCUUUUCCGCACAAUCCAAAUAUGGAAUUGAUCAUACCAUAUAUGGAGUGAGCUUUCUCUACUCCAACGAUAGAGUAAAGCUUGAUAUGAGUCGUGCUGUGGCAAAUUUUUAAUAUAUUCUUGUUAUUGUUGUGAUUUUUAUGAAAGUCGGGAGAAGUCGUUUCAAACCUAUACGAGCAAUUACUACUAAUUAGCUCAAAUUAAUCUUAGCCCUAAUUAAAAUCUGUUUUCUUUUCUAUGUCGUUCAGUAGGAGUGUCUUUGUGCGUCAACACAUAUUUUUUUACUAUGGAAACCGCACGACCCUUUUCUCGUUGCUAUGGUAAUACUGUAUUAUUGUGUCAUAGUUACUAUGGAAAAGCACGACCCUUAACUCAUUGCUGUAUUAUUAAGUCAUGGUUACUACGGAAACGCUUGUUUUCGUUCACUUGUCAGGGAAUUGUCAAAUGGCUUAUGCUUUGAACUAACACGUUAAGGCGUAAAAACACGUAAGUUCAAACCAA